AUGGCUACCGCCAGUUCCAGUUCCAGCAUAACCAAUCCAAAUGCAAGCUCGGAUGCGAGCGACUUGGACCCACUAUGGCACGAACUCGAUUGGGCGAUAGGGCAGAUGUUGAUUAUGGGCUGGGAUGGCACCGAAGUUACUCCUCAAAUCAAGAGUCUCAUCGAGGAUCAUCAUCUUGGAUCCAUCAUUCUGACUGCCAAGAAUUUGAAAUCUGCUCGACAAACUGCCAAGCUUGUCCAAGAAUUGCAAACUCUCGCCAAGAAUGCGGGUCAUCCUCAACCGUUGCUCAUUGCGCUAGACCAGGAAAAUGGAGGUGUAAACAGUCUUUUUGACGAAGACUACGUCUGCCAGUUCCCCAGCGCCAUGGGAGUGGCUGCGACUGGCCGUGUGGAGCUGGCUUAUGAGAUUUCCAAGGCGACGGCUGUUGAGAUUUCGGCUUGUGGGGUAAACUUGAUGCUGGGUCCCGUGCUUGACGUCCUGAACAACGCAAGAUAUCAGCCGCUAGGUGUUCGGGCUACUGGAGAUGACCCGCAGGAAGCCUCCCAGUAUGGCCUUGCUGCCCUGAGUGGAGUCCGGGAUGCCGGCAUGGCCGCCGCCGGAAAGCAUUUCCCCUCGUACGGAAACCUGGAUUUCCAAGGCUCAAAUCUGGAUGUCCCCAUCAUUACGCAAACAUUGGAGGAAUUGAGCCUCAGCGCCUUGGUUCCGUUUAGGAAUGCCAUUGCCACCGGAAAGCUCGACGCCAUGUUCGUCGGUGGCUGUGGGAUUUCGAACCCGUCCAUGAAUGUAAGCCAUGCCUGUCUGUCUGACCAGGUGGUGGAUGAUUUAUUGCGCAACGAGCUUGGUUUCAAGGGAGUCGCCAUCUCCGAAUGUUUGGAGAUGGAGGCUCUCAGCCAUGAUCUCGGCGUGCAAAAUGGUGUGGUCAUGGCCGUCGAAGCUGGCUGUGACCUCGUGCUUCUCUGCCGUGCGUACGACGUGCAGCUGGAAGCCAUCAAGGGUCUGAAGCUGGGCUACGACAACGGAAUCAUCACAAAGGAGAGGAUCUUCACUUCCAUCCGGCGCAUACAACAUCUCAAGUCAACUUGCACGUCGUGGGCCAAGGCACUCAACCCGCCUGGCAUUUCACUCUUGUCGCAAAUACAUCCAACCCACCUUUCACUCUCGCGACGGGCUUACGAUGAAUCCAUCACCGUCAUUCGCGACAAGGAGAAGCUUUUACCUCUCCCAGACUCUAUGCAUUCCGGCGAAGAACUCUUAUUGCUCACCCCGCUCGUCAAGCCACUACCAGCAUCUGCAAUGACCAAGAGCUUGCUGGAGUCCAAGAAGACCUCGUCUCAGGCACCGACACCUCAUGAUUUGUGGGCACACAGGGAUCGUGAAAGAAGCGCCAUCAUGAGCGGCGAGGGCGUUUUUCGCGAGUUUGGAAAGAACCUCGCAAGAUGCCGUAAUGAAAAGCUCCUCCACACGAGCUACACCGCCAACGGUGUCAGACCAGUGCACGAGAUUCUCAUCAACAGAGCAUCCUGCAUAAUCAUUGUCACGGCUGAUGCUAACCGGAACAUGUACCAGGCCGGCUUCACCAAGCAUGUGGAUAUGAUGUGUUCCAUGCAUCGGAGCAGGGGCAAAAAGAAACAGUUGAUUGUCGUUGCCGUGAGCUCUCCUUACGACUUCGCCAUGGACAAGUCCAUUGGCACCUAUGUUUGCACUUUUGACUUUACGGAGAACGCCAUGUCUGCGCUAGUCCGUGUACUUGUUGGCGAGGUCAAUCCCACCGGCAGUAUGCCGGGAACCCUUCGCAAGAGCAAAAAGGUGCUCAAAUCGAGGCAGCACUGGCUUGUGGAGGAGUACAGCAAGAGUCGAGACCAGGCUGGCUUGGACGAGCUGCUCAAGGGAGUGCAUCGAGCAAGCGCACCAGACCUUCAGUUUCUAAAGGCAACAAGCUCAUUCUCGUUUCAGCUUGACAACCCCAAGAUCAAGGAAAUGCAUUUCGUUGUAAGAAAUAGCAGCACGGGAGCCUUGUACGGCUUCGUCGCAACUUACUACAUCGGAGGCAUCGGUAUCAUCGGAGCAUUGCUCGUCGAUCCAUCAAAGCGUAACGUGUCCAUUGGCCGAUCGCUUCAUCGUCGAGCGCUCAAGAGCCUCGGCGAGCAGCGAGGCAUAAAGAAAGUUCAAGUGGGCACCCCAUUUCCCGGUGUCUUCCUUGGCAUUCCUCUGGACACGGAGUUGAACACCGUUAAAGAGUGGUUCGGCAAUAGCGGGUGGGACACACAGUUUCCUCGACGUCUCACCAACAUGAUUAUCCGCGACCUGGCCAGUUGGGUGGCCCCUGAGGGGCUGUUGCAAAGUGUUCAGAGGGCCAAUAUGAGCUUUGACUUGAUCCACGGCUUGGAAAACGCCGAGAACGUGCUGCAGCAUGUCCGAGCUAGUGCCAACCCCGAGGUCCACGAGCUCUACGUCUGCGCCCUUGCGGAGAACAAGGCAUGUGGGGUUGUAAGGGCCAAGGAUGCAGCCGGGAAACUUAUCGGUACUGUUAUCAUCUGCCGCCAAAACAGUCCGCUGGCGAGGUGUAUACCUUGCCUGUUAUCGGAUGGUGGAGAUGUCGGCGGCAUCAUCGCUCCGAUCGUACCGCCAACACCUCAAGCCAAGUUGGUACUGCAAGGUUUGGCUUUGAUGUGUGUUAGACAGAGCAAGAGCCACAAAGCCUCCAAGGCGGUGUUGAGCUGGGUCGUUGACGACGAAUGCGAACCGUUGGUUGCGAUGGGCUUCGACAUACUGCAAGCAUUCGAGGAAAUAACAAACUCGCCAAACGUUUGCCAAGUGUAG